GUUGAUUAUGCUUUCUUGUGAGACAUGUGAUCAUUUGCAUUGACUCGCCUUUCUCAUUUUCAGUAAAUUCUCAUUUGGGAUUUUCUCUAUUAUUAUCUCAAGUUCUCAACUUUUGUCUUCCCUUGCUCUGUUACCAUGAAUUGUAACAUUUUGUUUUGAAAAAAACAGUGGUGUGUGAAUAGAGGAACAACUAAUACUGCUAGGCUGUGAAUCAAAUAAGAGAAUUAGAGGUAUUGUGAAUGCUGAAUUUCGUUUUGGGGAUUAAAGCGGGAUGAUGAGCAAAUUAGGUUAACUUUAUUUAUACUCUGGAAGUUAAUCCAUGUAACUCAUGGGCUUUAUUGUUGUUUAGUUAAUAUUCAGAACUAUAAUCUGACUAUUGUAAGGAUAUUGGUAUGAGGAGUGCCUAUAAAGAUUCAACCAAUAACUCAAUAAUAUUUGUCAUGGUCUGGUUGCUUUUCUUGUAUUUUCAAACAGCAAGGAAACAAUUUAUGUUGUAUGAGGGGCAAGCAAUCUUGGAAAGUAUUGUUUUAUGAAAAGCACAUGGUUUAGGUUUCUUUCCUCUUUACCAAAAGGAUUUAUGAGUUUGGACUUACAACUGUAUUAGAUAUGAAUUUUAAGUUUUUGUCUUUUCUGAAUUUGGAAGUUCUGAGAUAUUAAUGAGAAAAUUCAGAGGCUUUUAUAUAAGUAUGAAAUUCGGUGUGGGACAUGGAUCUUUUAUUUUGUGGAGUUGGAAGUUUAAAGUAUCGAAUUCAAGUUUUUGUUUUUGUUUUUUAUAAUUUAGAGCAUUGGUUUGUGGAAAAAGUCUUUGAUGGUAACUGUAGCUAAUGGCAAUAGAUAUUAAACUUCUUGGACAUCAGUUCGAUCCCAGCCCGCUCUGGUGUUGCUAGCUCUGCUUCUUUUGGAUCCGUUAUGGUCACUAUAGGGAUGGGUUAUAGGGCUGCCUGAAUGUGAUUUGGUACAUGUGCAGGUUGGCAUUAAGGUCCCUUGGUUAACUAGAAGCAUUUAGUUAUUCAGUGAACCCCAUUUUUAUUCGUGGGGCUAUAUACUUGUAUUUGUUGGUAUUGAUAAUUCUGCUGCGUAUAAUCUCUAGCAACACUCCAUUAGCUAUUGGUCAAGAUUUAUUCAAAAGUUCCUAUUGCACACACCGGAAUGUCUUCCGAGGCCGGAAUGCCUAAGCAUGAAACACAAGGGUUUUCCAGCAGCAUUCCUCCCAAGCUGGAUGUCUACAUUUGGGACAUGGAUGAGACCCUUAUACUGCUCAACUCCUUGCUGAAAUCAUCAUAUGCCGAGGGUUUCAACGGUCUCAAGGAUGUGCAGAAGGGCGUGGAAAUUGGGAAGAUGUGGGAAAAUCUCAUUCUACAAUUGUGUGAUGACUAUUUCUUCUAUGAACAAAUAGAAAAUUUAAAUUACCAUACUCCAUUUCUUGAUGCUCUGGCCCAGUAUGAUGAUGGGAGGGACCUAUCUAAUUAUGAUUUUAACCAUGAUGAGUUAAGUCCUCCGGAUGAUGAUGCCAACAAAAGAAAACUUGCCUAUAGACAUCGAGUCAUAGCACAAAAUUACUUACAGGGUUUGCAUAAUAUUUUAGAUCACGAGGCGCAGAAAUUUUGGGAUGAAUUGUAUGAUAAAACUGAUGAAUAUACUGACAGAUGGCUGUCUUCAGCACGGACCUUUUUGAAGGAGUGUUCAGGCCAAAACAAAGAUUUGGUUUCUUCCAUUGCUUUUUCUAGUGUAGUACCUAACACAACCAAUGCAAACCAUCAGCAUGUAAAUGUUUUGGUGACGUCAGGAGGGUUAAUACCCUCUCUUGUCAAAUGCUUGCUCUUUCGUCUCGACGGUUUAAUACCACAUGGAAAUGUUUAUAGCUCUUGUGUAGUGGGAAAAACUCAAUGUUUCCGAUGGAUCAAGGAGCGUUUCAACCAUCCGAAUGUCCGCUUUUGUGUAAUUGGAGAUGGAUGGGAAGAAUGUCAAGCUGCGGAAAUCAUGAGAUGGCCAUUUAUUAGGAUUGACCUGCGGCCAGACAAACUUCAUAGGUUCCCUGGUCUCUCAUUGACAACAGUUGGCCACUAUUUUGCAGUGGUAUACGGAAGCCCAGAUGAUGAGAAUGAUGCUACCUAGCCUUCUCUGGAAUUUCUCUACAAAAGAUUUCCACAAAAUAGUUGAAAUCGUGUUGCUAAAUGUAUGAAUUGUUGCCUUAAUAUUGCUGUCACAACUUUGGUGGUAAUUGGUCUUUAGAAGAGAUUAGAUUUAACUAUUUCCUCUUGCAAUGCAAUAGCUUAAGAUGUAUAGAUGUUUAAGUUGAUGGAAUGUAGAUGAUCCACCACUUAUCAUGUAUGUAACAUGCUUCAAAUUUAUAAUUAGCAGUAGUUGAUUAAUUGGUUUUAGGUCUUGGA